AUUACCUUCCUGCUGUCUAGUACAGCACUAAAAAGCUGUCAGUGAGGUUAGAGGGGGUAAGAAUUUCUCAAAUCGGCGACUGCCGUUCAAACAGCGGCGUGAAUGUCCAAAUCGGUGCUUUGGUGGUAUUACAAACGUAACGUGUGACACUGAGGAGAAAAAUCUGCAGCGUCCUCGUCCAAACUGUGCAGGCCAACAGUCUCUGAGCUAGAUCAAACAGUGCUGUAACACAGCGAGCAAAUGGCGUUGAAAAGAAUCCAAAAGGAACUGACAGACCUACAGAGAGAUCCACCAGCUCAGUGUUCAGCAGGUCCAGUCGGAGAGGACUUGUUUCACUGGCAGGCAACAAUAAUGGGGCCGAAUGACAGUCCAUAUCAGGGAGGGGUUUUCUUCCUUACGAUUCAUUUCCCAACAGACUACCCCUUUAAACCACCAAAGGUCGCAUUCACAACAAAGAUCUACCACCCCAAUAUUAACAGUAACGGAAGUAUUUGUCUGGACAUCCUGCGAUCUCAGUGGUCACCUGCACUUACUGUAUCCAAAGUCUUGUUGUCCAUCUGCUCCCUGUUAUGUGACCCGAACCCAGAUGACCCGCUGGUACCUGAGAUCGCACAUACAUAUAAAGCAGACAGAGAAAAGUACAACAGACUAGCGAGAGAAUGGACGCAAAAGUACGCCAUGUGAGAGUGCCUGCCACUAAAACACUACAAAAUCAAACGGACAGAGAAAUGUGUUUUUACUUUGAACAAGAGGAGUCAAAAGAAGUGAAUGUUGAGGGGAGGGACCCUUGGAAGGGAAGCAGAAGGCGGAGGUGAGGAGGUGAGAGCCGCUGGUACAUGUUGGCCGCUAUGUGCUGAAUCUGCUGUCAUGUGCCGUUCUCCCAGAUCCGCCAUCACAACGGCUUAGCCUGGAAAACUCCAGGAAAACUGUAAAACCGGACAAACCUCGGGGUACCACAACCCAGGAAGUUAGACUUGUACUAUUGUUAGUUCUCUUAUUACUGUCAUUGUGAUUUUCUCAGUGUUACUGUUGGCGUUCUUACUCUUGUCAUCACUGAAUGAGGAAACGUUGGGCUGAAGUUGGAAUGGCGGUGAGACAGGAUUGAUCAUGUCUGAAUCAUUGCACCGUCCCAUCGGAGAAAUCCCUGUGGAAAACAUAGUUGUCUGUGCACUUUCAUUUUUACCAGUUUGCGAUAGAAUGUAAAAAAAUCGGGUGUCAGAAAGACCUUACUGUAGUCUCCGCCUUCCAACUUCCUGCCGUUUCAAUGUUAUCCCAUAAAACACUAUGAAUGUGAUUAGGAAAAGGUUGUGUCCCUAAUGAGAAAAUGACAUUUGAUUUUUGAACAAAUGGAGGUCAUAAAAAUAGUCAAGCGAGUCUAUAUCUUUGUGCUGUAAAAAAACGAAACAUAACACCAUGUCCUAACCAGACGCGAUGCAAUGAGAUUCCAGCGACAAUCGCCCCCUAUACCCUCAUUCACUAUUCCCUAUGUUACUUCACUAAUAAAGUCCACUGAAUGAAAACAAGUGUGCGAAUUUGGACACUGAAUAUACGCAGAAAUUCAUUUGGCUCGACCCUCAUGUUUUCUAGCUGUCGAGUGUACAUCGGUUGUACACUAGUUAUAGCAGUGCAUCGUGGGAUUGAACGAGUGAUCUCAAUAAUGUCCACUUUGGUUUUGGACAGCACUACAAAUCGUGAACUUUUAAGGGGAUAGGGGGUGAUUUCGGACACGUGACAAAAUCAACCGCAAAUCACAGCCAAUCAGAAGAGUGUGUGGGCGGAGCUCUCUCUGAAAGCUCACUGCUCUCUCACUGUGCAACAAAUAAAUUUGUAAUUUCAUCAAAAUUAACAGUUUUAACAAUAUUUAAAAUAUGACAUCUAAUCAAUGUCAGCCACGAGAUAGCAGAAAUUGAAAAAUUAAUUUAAAAACAAUUAUUUUCAAAUUAAUAGAAUCACCUGUCACUUAUCGCCAUCACUGUUGAUUAGGACAAAAGCAAAAUGUAAAACAAGCCUGUUAUCUUGUGUCGUGUUGCAUUGCAUCUCAUUAGGACACAGUGUUAUUUUUAUUUAUUAGACAUAAAAUGUUUUUAGUUUUUUUUUAUUUGGUUAUAAUCAUAUCUCUUUUUGACAUAUUCUUUAUUUAAUCUUGAGUGUCGUUUUCAGAAUUAAGCUGGCCGUUCACAUAGGACAUGCUCUUGCUUUACAUUUGCGCUGUAUUUUUAAUGUUGCUCUGUGUAAACAUGCACUAGACGGACGUUUUUUUUUCAAACACUAUUUUGUUUAUCAUUUGAUGUGCAGUGUUGAUUUUAAAAGAAUAGACCACUCCGAUUGCUCUGGGGGCACGUUAACCAUAUUUACCGUACAUAUGGAUAAACACAUUGUGUACAUGGAAAGCUCCGUCAACCUGUUUUUAAUGCAAAAACGCGUCUUAUGUGAACGGCCACUGAAUUGAAUUCACUUCAGCCGCAUGUGCAUGACAUGGCAGAUGUGUAAGUAUUUGUUUUGAUAAGUAUUGUGAAGUUGCUUUAGGAAUCAAGGCAGAUUUUUAUACUUGUCUUAAAAAUUCACCCAAUGUGCUUGCAAAAAAAAAAAGAGGGAGCAAAAAUGCUGAACGGUGGGACUGUGUGGGAAAAAAACAAAAACAAAUGCCACCAUUUCUGCCAAAUGUGAUUAUGCCCCUUUCAGAUUUGCAGGCAAUGGGCACGUCAUAGCGUAUGAAUGCAAUAUUUUUCGGCUGUUUAGCAUUUAUCUAUUCUACAAAUCUGUCUGCAAGAGUGUAAUCCUUAAUAAUCUUUAGAUACUCUUGUUCCUGUAGUCACUAAUAUUACUAACUUUUGACAGUAGAUGGUACGUUUGAUGUAUGACCAGCGCAGGUGCUGGACUCAAGUUCUUUUACUGUAAAUUAAUUUUUGUAAACGCACUCAUUAACUCGUCGCUGCCUACUUAGAGGUGCAUGAUCAAGAUGUUUACACGGAGCAGAAUGAAAACAUAUUUCUCCACUCGUCUGAACUGGAGCUUUAGGGGGGGUUGGGAAGCCGCUUCUCAAACGCUUUCCGUCGGGAAAGAAGUGUGAACAUCUCCUCCCUCUCACCUCCUGGUGCUGCUCUUCACAAGCCCAUGGCUCAAGACUCCCUGAAAAGGGCUAAAUAUUGCCAGAAUUAUAUUUAGCACCAUAUAUGUGUACUUUCACCAAGGGAAUUGAUAUUUUGUGUCCGGUAUAGCUUUGGAUAUGCUUUUAAAGGGAUAGUUUACCCUAAAAUGUGAAUUCUGCAAUCAUUUACACACUUUUCUGAACAGAAUUGAUAAAAAAUUCUAUUAUCAUUUACACACCAUCUUAUGGAAGCCCGUU